UCACCCAUCAUUCAGCCGGAGUCUCACCCUUACCUGCCCAACACUUGGUCUAUCAAGCUUAAUCCCUCUUCUCUAGCGAUUGGGUCACUUCGAAUAUACUUAUUAUUACUUUAUUAGUCUCACAUUACAACAUUAGCAUCCCUCCCAUCACAGUAAGCUAGUCAUGGAUUUUUCUGUUUUCCGUUUCCUCCUUUUCAGCCUCUUCAUCUUCCUUUUCCAGCCUCUCAUUUCCUCAGCAAAUCUUCACGAGUUAAAACAACUUAGAUCAGAUCUUUUUUAUCAAUCCGCUUCUCUCGACGACGCCCCACUCACGAAGUACUUUGAGGUUACCAAACCCAUCAAACUCCCACGCACAAAACCCUGUUCGUACCACACUCUUCACCAUGACUUUGGCUAUACCUACGGUAAACCUCCUGUUCUUGUGGAGUAUGUCCCUCCCUCGCAUUGCCCAUCUCACAACUUCUCAAAAAUUGUCCUUGAGUGGAAAGCGACUUGCAAAGGAAGACAAUUUGAUCGCAUCUUUGGAGUGUGGCUUGGUGGGGUUGAGCUUCUCCGGAGCUGCACGGCGGAGCCUAGGGCUUCCGGGAUUGUUUGGAGUGUUGAGAAAGACAUUACAAGGUACUAUUCGUUGCUAAUGAAGGACCAAACUCUUGCUGUUUAUUUAGGUAAUCUUGUAGACAGUACUUACACAGGGGUUUACCAUGUUGAUAUCUUCAUUCAUUUUUAUCCUGCUGAAAUGACAUUCGGUGAUCAUGAAUCCACUCCUGGAAGUUUAGCAUUUAGGAAUGGUUUCCCAGCGAAUCUGAUUUUACCCAUCUCUCGAAAUCUUCCAUCAAAUGAUGGGCUGUGGUUUGAAAUCGUAAAUUCCACUGAUACGGCAACAAAGGAAUUCAAAAUUCCUCAGAAUGCUUAUAGGGCUGUAUUAGAGGUCUAUCUUUCAUUUCAUGAGAAUGAUGAGUUUUGGUAUACUAAUCUGCCAGAUGAAUACCUUGCUGCUAACAACCUUACUGAUACACCUGGAAAUGGGCCAUUUAGGGAGGUUGUGGUUACUCUUGAUGGUGAGGUUGUUGGGGUAAUUUGGCCUUUUACUGUGAUAUAUACAGGAGGGGUCAAUCCCCUUUUGUGGAGACCUAUCACUGGCAUUGGAUCAUUUGAUCUUCCCUCUUACGACAUCGAAAUUACACCUUUUCUGGGGGAAAUAUUAGAUGGACAUACACAUUCACUCGGUUUUAGUGUAACCAAUGCCUUGAAUGUGUGGUAUAUAGAUGCUAAUUUACAUCUUUGGUUGGAUGAAAAGAGUGAUAGAACAGAAGGGCGGCUUUCAAAUUACAUUGGCAAGCCUCUGGUUGAAUCCCAGGUAUCAGACUUUGUAGGUUUAAAUGGAACAUUUUGGACAAGGGCAAGGAGGUCCAUUUUGUCAACCGGAUGGGUGAAAUCCUCCCAUGGUAAUAUCACAACCAGUUUUGCUCAAGACUUGAGUUACAACAAUACAAUGGUGAUGGGGAAUGGUGGGAAUAUGCAAAUUGUGAGACAAAUCAUCCUUUUCAAUGACACUGUUCAUAUAGAGCUGCCAUCCUCUAUUCAUCAUUCGAUCAUUGAAACAAACAGGAACUUUUCCCUACACCUGUACACAAGUGGUGAUCAAGCAAACGGAACUUAUUUAUCUGUUUCUAAUUUAACAUUGGGAUUUGAUGAGAUCAAGUCUAAGAGUUCAGAGUUUGGAUUUUCAAGAAGCUCACUAAAAAAUGUGCAAAAUGGUCAGGGUGUUAUGGUUGUUAAAAAUAAUUUGGUCAUUAGUGGACUGGGUAGUACACAACAAGAUUAUAACUAUAAAAGCAAUAAAUUUUGUUAUUUUAGGAAUGUAAGCAGUUCAGAUUACACUAUUCUCUAUGAUAUCGCUGGAGAUUCAUGCCAUAGAAGAGGUCGCCCCUAUUUUGCUUUGAACAAAGUUAUCUUUUCCGUUUAAGGGGACUUUCUCGUCAGGUAAGAACAGAAUGGUGUAGAUCACUAGAUUGUAAGCUUUAUUUCACAAGUGUUUUGAACAAGGGCUUCCCUUUGAUUCUUCAGUGUAAUUGUAAUAAUAAGAUUUUGUUGUUAUCUCUCAAAAUUGCUCAAAAUUGAAGGAACAAGGGAAAAAUAAGGCCUUGUAAACUGUAAUCAAACGUGAAAGAUUUGUGUAGUGUUGAAUGCUUUGAGGAAUUUGUGUUGAUUUGUUAAAUUCAAGUUUGUCAGACAUCGUUGAUGUAUUUCCUUCCUGUUGUGUGAAGAGUUUUGAAAUUGCUGGCUA